AUGCAGCUCAAGUGCAAGCAAUGCAUCAGGCAUCGAUUCUCCUGUGAAUGGCCAGAUAAUGAAGCCUUGCAGCGCAAGAAACCUUUAAUACAGCCGGCCCUGACAGACCGGCAUAUAGCAUGUGCCAAUUCUCUGGUCCUGUCGCAACAAGACCGGCGUUCCCUGGAGUACUUCCCAUCGUCCACCGUCUAUUGCUAUUACGAUUUUUUUGAAUGGGGCGCUUUGCAAUACCUCGUCAAGGUAAUAGCUCCUCGCAGCAAGCUGCUUACGCGGAUGAUUCUUGCUCUGGCUGCUAGCGAGAUGCACAAAUGCGGCUUGAGUGAGAAUAAUAACCCAGUCGAUGAUGGUCUGCUCCAUUAUACACAAGCGCUUCAAGAGCUUUUCAAGGAUCUCUCAGCCCCAACCCAAGAGGAUCCCGUCGAUGCGAAGCUGGCCACGUUGGUCUUUAUGAUUCACUACGAACUCCAGUUCACAGGGUCUCUCGACCGAGUGCAAAUUCACCUACGAGGUUUCUGGGCACUAAUCAGCAAUCACUCCCUCUUCGAAAAGCGACAUACGCAAUCGAGGAAUCUUCUCACGGAAGUUUCCAAUCCCCAAUAUCUCGACAUAGCAGCCACAAGCCUCGGAGUUUCUUCUUCUCUUUUACAAUUACUCCUCAGCUCCGACAACCCGGCUCUCAGUCCAAUGCGUCUGUAUCAGCUAUCGCGACUCGGCGGACCCGUUGAGCUGGGGUGGCUAGUGAUGCUGGCUCGUUUUGCUAUAUGGGAUUUGAGUUCAGCUCACAAACCGGAAAGUACCGAGUCUUUGUCAAUAUUAGACCAUCUGCUGGAUCUGCGGGAGAGAUAUUGUGACCUUCUACACAUCGCCGACGAGUCCCCCAACAGCCGGUGGACAUGCAAUGUGGAAGUAAUCACGCGAUUCGCAGCCUUCUAUUGGGCCAACAUACUCUUCUACUGCCGCAUGCUCAACGACCGAACCGCCCAAAACGACCUUCACAGAGAGGCGAUAUGCAAAAUCACCAAUCUCCUGUACUAUCGCCACAAGCAGGACGGCGAGUAUCGGAAACAGAGCCGCGUAGUCUGGUGUACUUUUAUGGCUGCUGUCGAGACGCAUGAUCCUGUUCAUCGGGACUGGCUGGUAGCGAGACUGGCAGAUGUUCGUAAUGUGUCGGUUGAGUUACGUGCAACAAGAGAAUAG